UGAUUUUGUUAAACAAUAUCAACUGUAAUAUUCAAAUAAAUAAACGAAUAUUAACUAAGAAAUGUGAUAAUUAAUAAUUAAAAAGUUACUUCCUUAUUCAGCAUGAUAAAACUGUUGAGAAACGUGUGAAGUUGCAGUAAUUGUAAUGAAUACAUCCAGAGACAUCAUCAAUUACCAACGUCUUGAAUGAACAUAAUUACCAUUAAAUGUAUAAUUUUUAAACAACUAUGGAUAAAAAGACUCCGGAAAAUAAUGAAAAGGUUGCUCCUCCACCUGCUAAACAAACUAAAACUGAAUCAUCAACAUCUGGAUCAUCUGUACCAAAAGGAUCAGUUGGAGGUGCAAUUCUUGUUAACACAAAACAGAGAGGUAAUCCGCUGUUGAAAUAUAUAAAAAGUGUUCCUUGGGAAUAUGCUGAAGUUGUUCCUGACUAUGUGAUGGGCGCAGAUGUAUGUGCACUCUUUUUAUCAAUUAGAUAUCAUCAGUUAAAUCCUGAUUACAUUCAUGAACGUCUGAAGCUUCUUGGAAAUGCUUAUCGACUGAGAGUAUUAUUAGUUCAUGUUGAUACAGCUGAUCCUAAUCAUGCAUUAAAACAUUUAACGAGAAUCUGUCUUCUAGCUGAUCUUACAUUAAUGCUAGCAUGGAGUAAUGAAGAUGCCGCCAAAAUAAUCGAGACUUAUAAAAUAUUCGAAUUUAAACCCCCUGAGAUGAUUAUGGAGCGAAGUGACAUGAAUCCACAGCAGAAGCUUAUCAAUGCUUUGACUUCUGUAAGGUCUGUAAAUAAAACUGAUGCCAUGACUUUAUUGAGAACUUUUGGUACAGUAGCAGAUAUCCUUAAAGCUACACCAGAAGCAUUGGCACUUUGUCCUGGUAUUGGAAUACAAAAGGCUAAAAGAUUACACAAAGUUCUUCAUGAACCAUUUCUUCGAGUUUCUACUACUAGUCCUCAAAAAUUGGAUCAAUAAUGCUAUUGAUAUUCAAAGUAUUUCCUUUGUAUUAUUUAUUAUAUAUAAUUAAUUAUUUUUAUAUUUUUAUAUGAAAUUUAUGCAUGAA